AUGAAGGAAAUUAAUAACGAUUUUGCUAAAGAAAACCCUGACACUCUUUUAGAAGCCCAAAAUACCCUUGCUAAAAUUGUGAAGAAAUAUGGUUCUCUUAGCACAAACAAGCCCUCAUUGAUCACUGAUAAUCGUAAUGUCAGACAAUUUCAGACUUUUAUUUUCGAUUUGAAACAAUAUCUCUAUAAGCGUAAACAUGUUUCUACUAUCACCAGCCAAUUUUUGAACAAUAAUUUUAGCCUCAACAAUGUCAAGGCUAAAUUAGAGGAAGCUAAAACCUCACUCAACAAGCUUAUUGGAUCUUUAUUGGCUGACCGUAAACGGGUCUUUGUGAAUAGAAUUAACAAUCUUAACUCUAAACAACCGUAUUCCUAUGCCUUCAGAAAAGAACUAGUCAGUCCUUCUAUACUCAAUGUAGUCCAAAGUAACCAUAACUCGACAAUUGUAGAUCAUUUUUCAGCCAUGUUUAAUACAGAACAAGAAGUGACUAAAACUCUCCCGGAAAUCAAGAAAAACAAUACUGUAGCCCAAUGGAAAUUCCAUCAUAUCACUGCCAAAGAGUUGGAUAAAGUUAUUUCUAAGACAAAAAAUUCUAUGGCUGGCUAUGAUAACAUUUCGGUGCCAUUGUUGAAAAUUCUAGACAACAAUUCGCUCCAAAUACUUGCAAAAUGUAUCAAUCACACAAUUGACAGUGAAAUGGUUCCUGAAGAAUUGGGUAUCGAUAUUCUACUCCCAUUACCCAAAAUCAACAUGCCUACAAAAUUAUCAGACUUUAGACCUAUAGUUGUAUUGUCCAUGAUCUAUCGUCUAUUUUCUUCUAUUAUCAACAAACAAUUCAUGAAUGUCCUUGAAGAGGCUAAUUUAAUCCACACUGCGCAACGAGGAUUCAUGAAAAAAGGUUCAACAUUAGAACACCUUAUCAGUCUUCGGACUGCCUUAGCAUACAAAUAUCAGCACAAACAAGAAGUAUUUGCUAUGGCUCUCGAUAUCAAAAAUGCUUAA